UAUUUGCAGCUGGGACGGGCUCCCCCCGAUAUGCAUGCAUUUGUCCAUAUUCCAAACGAUGCUGAUGAUGUUGCUCUUUUAAAAAGGAGAAUCCCGCUUUUUUUCAAUACAAAGGUUGAUAUUUAUGCCGAUAAAUUGAAACUCUCUGGGACAAGCUCGCAAAUAGACGCCGCUCAGGUACGCCCUGAGUCUAUAUCUGUCAUAUACCUAGCUGCAGAUUGCGUUUCUUUAUUUCAUUUGGAUUCCUUGAUACGAUUUUUUGAAACUCUUUAUGGCGUUAUACUAUCUGUUCGCCAUGAUGGCUUACUUCUCUUGCGAGGCAGUCUUUCCGCAAACGAAAAGUUUAGUGAUGACGUUAAAGACCUUGAGCACCUAGUCAAAAUAUCAACCGGGCGUUUGUCUGAUUUUAAACUAGAGUCUCUUGCCAUUCUCUGUGGGCACUAUGGGAUUGCAUUUACGGAACUUGUAUCAUGUUCUGAUUCCCUAAAAAUGGCGUUAUUCGUUUUUUUGUCAUCCGCGCGUACCGAGCAUAAAACUGUCGAUUUGUGUUCUGACUCCUUUAUAGAGGUAUACAAAAGCAACACUCCAUAUCCUUAUAAAGAGAAUCAAUCCCCGCAUACUGAUAAAAUUCCUGGGCCCGUAAUCAUGUCAGGCUCCCGAGCCUAUGGCAGCGGUGAUGAAGGCCAGAGAAAAAAGCAUAGGCCUCUUUAUCGAACUCGAUCAGGAAGUAGAAUACAUGCUCAAAUAAUUGCUAAUCGAGAAUCUUGUUCAGAUUCUUCCCCAGAUUUGCAUGAGUCAUUUAAAGGAAAAAAGGAUGAUAUUCAAGCAAACGGAGAGCCCAUAACGUUCACAAAUAAACAAAAUCAAAAGUCAUUUCUUAGGCCUGUGGUCCUUGAUGGGACAAACAUAGCUUUCCAGUAA